GUGAAUUCGACUUUGGUGACUGUUCCGCAGAGAGUGAUCAGUAGCAUUUCUUCAAGUUUCGUGUACCGAGAGUGACGCUUGUUGUUGCAUCGAAUACAGCAACGAUCACAAUGAAAGUCCUGAACAGUGCUUUGCUAGCAGUUUACCUAUUAGUGCCCCUGUUCUGCGAAGGGAUAAGCGGAUAUAAACCUAGCUGCAAAAUCUAUCAUGAGAAUAGCGAAGAAUUAUUCUCAGAAGAUGAAUGGAAUGGAGGACUUGAAUUCGGUAAACUGAAUGACGAUACAGCUGUUGGGCCAAUACUCAAGACUUAUAAAACUGCAAAUAUUUCUAACAUUUUGACAUACGAGCUGAACGGUCAUGAUAAUUACUUGACAGUAAGCAAGCCAGAAAACAAGGAUGAAUUUUACAUUGAAAUUCGAGAUAACUUCGAUCAAUAUGAAGAGAAGGAGACGGCCGAAACAAUGUCGUUGAAAAUAAAAUUCGCUUGCGACGACAAUGAAUCCAGAAUACUUAAAAUCAAAAUACCGCUUAGGGAUACUAACAAUCACUCUCCCCAAUUCUUGAAAAGCAAAUACGAAUAUAAACUGGCGAUGCCACUUCCAAAAGGAUUCGAUUUUGACACCAUUGAUCAAAUAGCAGUUCGAGACGUCAAUUUGACGAACAAAGCGAUCGACUUUGCAAUAAAGGGAGAUGAAAAGUACACCAAGGGUUUUUUAAUCACUAGUCUUGGACGUACUAAGGAGGACAAGAAGAAUUUCACUGCAAGGUUUAUUACUUCGAUGAUCAUGGAUUUCGAAGAAGAUACCACUUUUACGCUUUCUGCGACCGAUGCAGGAAACACAACCAGGACUACGGAAACGAAUCUCACUAUCAUCGUUGAUAAAGCAAAUUCAUUUCCACGAUUUGCUGAACCAGAAUACAUCGCGGAUCUAAAGAAUUUGGACUAUGGAAAAGUUAAAAAGAUUAUGCUGAACUUUUCAAAUGGCAACGACAUUACUUUAGAUCGUGGAUUCGAAGGACCUGUCAAUUUCUCAUUGUCGGAUUUAUCUGAGGAAAAUAAAAAACAUUUCAAACUAAGUAGCAAAGGUUCUAAGGUUCAGAUUGAAUUAAGCGAUCUCUCAGAUACCUUUUUAAGUCAAGGCGUAAUAAGUGAAGCAUUGACGGCCACCAAGGAAACCACCGAGACCAGUACCGCUAUUAUUGUUUUACUUCCUGAAGUCCCUGUCAACAAAGUUACUGAGAGAUCAACGACGGUAAAACCACAGGAAUCAAAAACCAAAGAUGAUUCAGUGAAUGGAUACAUGGUUUCCACGAUAAUACUUUCCCUCACCACGGUGGGUCUUCUGGGCUACGUUAUCUAUUUGCACUUUUACAGAAGAUAAGCGAGAUACUUCACUGUUUGUUCGUUACCACUCUGGUUUAGUAGUGAAUAGUCCUUUUUAUACAAAAUAGGGAAAUAUUGAAAUUUGAGCGAAUUUGUGCCGUAAACUCGUUGAAAAAUGUAUGAAUUAUAUACUACAUAAUAAAAUUGGGUAUAGCUUGUUUGAAACGGUA